AGGAUGAAUGCUAAUUUCCAAGAUGGCGGCGGAGGGAGGAGGGAAGGAGAUGAACGAAAUUAAAACUCAGUUCACCACCCGAGAAGGCGUCUAUAAACUCCUCACUCACUCUGAAUACAGCCGCCCAAACAGGGUGCCUUUUAAUUCGCAGGGCUCUAACCCAGUCAAAGUCUCCUUCGUGAACGUCAACGACCAGUCUGGCAACGGCGACAGAAUCUGUUUCAAUGUGGGCCGGGAGCUAUACUUUUAUAUCUACAAAGGCGUCAGAAAGGCUGCCGACCUGAGCAAACCCAUAGACAAGAGGAUAUACAAGGGAACACAGCCCACGUGCCAUGACUUCAACCACCUGACGGCCACGGCCGAGAGCGUGUCCCUGCUGGUGGGCUUCUCGGCCGGACAGGUGCAGCUCAUCGACCCCAUCAAGAAGGAGACCAGCAAGCUCUUCAACGAAGAAAGACUAAUAGACAAGUCGAGGGUCACCUGUGUGAAAUGGGUGCCGGGCUCGGAGAGCCUCUUCCUGGUGGCGCAUUCCAGCGGUAGCAUGUACUUGUAUAACGUGGAGCACACGUGCGGCACCACAGCACCACACUACCAGCUCCUCAAACAGGGUGAGAAUUACGCCGUGCACACGUGCAAAAGCAAGUCCACACGCAACCCUCUCCUCAAAUGGACGGUGGGCGAAGGUGCGCUGAACGAGUUCGCCUUCUCGCCCGACGGGAAGUUCCUGGCUUGCGUGAGCCAGGACGGGUUCUUGCGGGUCUUCAACUUUGACUCGGUGGAGUUGCACGGGACCAUGAAGAGCUACUUCGGCGGGCUGCUCUGCGUUUGCUGGAGCCCCGACGGCAAGUACAUAGUGGCGGGCGGCGAGGACGACCUGGUGACCGUCUGGUCGUUCCUGGACUGCCGCGUCAUCGCGCGGGGUCACGGACACAAGUCGUGGGUCAGCGUGGUGGCCUUCGACCACUACACGACCAGCGUGGAGGAGAGCGACCCCAUGGAAUUCAGCGGCAGCGACGACGACUUCCAGGACCAAAUGCACUUUGACCGCGACCGGGCCAACAGCACGCAGUCCCGGCUGUCCAAACGGAACUCCACGGAAAGCCGCCCGGUGAGCGUCACGUACCGGUUCGGCUCGGUGGGCCAGGACACGCAGCUCUGCCUGUGGGACCUGACGGAGGACAUCCUGUUCCCCCACCUCCCGUUGUCCCGGACGAGAACGCACACCAACGUCAUGAACGCCACCAACCCCCCCGCGGGAGCGGGAGGGAGCGGCGCGGGCAGCGGGAGCAUCGUCAUCAGCAACAACCCCGGCACCAACGGCAACAACAGCGGCGGAAGCACGCCCGGGAACUCCCUCCCCACGCCGCUGCCCCGCUCCAACAGCCUGCCGCACUCGGCGGGGACCGCCGCCACCGGCAACAGCAAGAGCGCCGCAGCGGACGGCUCUAUCGCCGCGGGAGUCAGCAAGUUCGCCACGCUCUCCCUGCACGACCGCAAGGAGCGGCACCACGAGAAGGACCACAAGCGCAACCACAGCAUGGGCCACAUCAGCAGCAAGAGCAGCGACAAGCUCAACCUGCUGGCCAAAACCAAAACGGACCCCGCUAAGACCCUGGGGACGCUGCUGUGCCCCCGUAUGGAAGACAUACCCUUACUAGAGCCCCUCAUCUGUAAAAAGAUAGCACAUGAAAGACUCACUGUCUUGAUAUUUUUGGAGGACUGUAUAGUCACAGCCUGCCAGGAGGGAUUUAUUUGCACAUGGGCGAGGCCUGGCAAAGUGGAAAAGCAUUACUUCCAAAGUAAGCACAUGCAGAGUUGGCUUCAGAACCAAGGAGGAAGAACAGCUGUAGCCUGAGGCUUUAGCAGGCCCCGUAUUUAUAUGUGCGGUGACCUCUCUUCCUACAAGACCACAUACAGCGGAGCAGCUGCACUAUUGAAGAGAAAAAAACUGUUGGCAUUAAUAAAGCUUUAUAAGGGUAAGGUCUAUUAUCAAACCGCAGGCAACACACUCCACUCCACUAAACUUCACACUGAAACUCACUACCACACGGCGCCCCCUAAUGUCGGGAGGAGUCCCACAGCAGAGGCCUUACAAAGGGGAGGGGGGAAAGGGACGAUGGAGGUAAAUUAUCUUGUUCCUUAUCAAGUUGUCCAAAUGCAACUCUCCUUGUUUUCCUUUCCAGGGUUUAUUGUCAUCCCAAAACCAAGCCAACUCUCCUAGCGGAACUGUAGUAUAGCCACCGUAUUUCUGCUGCUAAGAAACCCUCGUCACAGAGACGUAAUGUCGUCAGAGCCUGAAACUGGCCUUCACUCGCACAGCAUUGCAAGUUUUUUUUUUUUUUUUCUUGCGUUGUUUGGUCUUUUUAUAGUUUUAACAAACACGGCCCCCAGUGUAUGGCAGAGGUCCGUAAUCGCAAACGGAAAGGGGCGGGCUGCAAUUUUGGACGGCGGCUAACAGUAUCCCAGCAAUGUUUCCUUAUUUUUGUCUCCUUCCCACCAACCACAUCGGCCCUUCAACUUGUGUCUCUUCUAUUUGCUCUCACUGAAGAUGGCCCCUGACCGCAAAUCGGUCUUGUUCUUCUGGAGCCUGUCUUUCACUAUUGUGGAAUGGUGAGGUACAACCUCAUCAUGCCUGCUUAGUAGACUGAGAUGCAGGAAAGGAACUGUUUGCCUCCUUCCAAAAUUAUUUAGAAAUUUAAACCCCUUUUUUUUUUUCAUUUACAUUAUAAUCUCACCAUUGAAUACUUUGCACUGAUAAUUUUGUUUUGUUUCAUUUUAUUUUUACUUUAUAACUACUAUUAUAAAGGAACAAAAAACAUUUGAGGAAGGCCUGGAUGCACUUGGGUUAUGACAAGUCAUUAUCUUCUGGCUUGGACUUUUUGAAUCUGAAAGCUGGAUGCUGCAAUCAUAGUUUUUUAAAAGAAAAAUUGUUUGCACUUAAUAGUUUGUUAGAAGAGAAUGGCUUUACAAUUUUUGGGUGUGCGAGGACUCCCAGACAGCUACAAGGUGGAGAAAAUAUUAAGUGAUUAAAACCUUUGUAUCUAUUGAGCAUUUAUUUUAAUAUUGUUUCAGAUUAAAAACCUGCUCUGUAUUAUAUGUAUAAAAUUGUAAUUAAGUGAUUGAUGGGGCAAAAACAAAUGAUCAUUACAUUAGUGGAAAUUCAUCUUCAUUAAUGGAAAAUAGUGAUAUUUCUAAUGCAGAAAAGUAUACAUAUUAAUAAUAUUAAAACAAUCUUGGAUAUGCAGAUUUUUGUUUUUCUCUUCUGUUGUACAAAAGAUCAUUCAGAUGUAUUUUUCUUAAUUAAAUGUUUGGUAUAGGAGGUCUUUGUAUCAAAUGCUCUUAUCUCCAAGAUGAAGCUGAAAUGCUUACUUAUUGUUACGGAUUCACAAAUGUACAGUAGUGGGGCAUAGGAACAGUUGAACUCCGCAAUUAUUUGAAGCUCAGGAAGUCUAUGGUAGACUAAAAAUAUAAGUAAUAUUUUGCUUAACAUCAUCAAUGCUAUUCUAUGUAACAUUAAGUAGCAUCCACUAGGAACUACUAAGUUCAAGGUUCAGCAGUAGGACCUUUUUCGUGUGACACUAUUAAAAACAGUUUUAAUGUACCUCA